GGCGGUGAUGGCGGUGCGUGAACGCGCGGCGGCAGCAAUGGCCGCUCUGGAGCGGCGGGUGCCGAGUCUCGAUGACUUCGCGGGACAGAGCUGGAGCUCGUGGGUGGAGCGGGCCGACCUGCCCGCGGCCGACGGGGCUGAGCUGGAGGAGAGUAGCAAAAACACAAAGAAGUUGGAUGCCAUGACCCUCAUUAAAGAAGACAUGUCUAUCUUCGGGCACUGCCCUGCCCAUGACGACUUCUAUUUGGUUGUGUGUAACCACUGCAGCCAAGUGGUGAAGCCUCAAGCUUUCCAGAAGCACUGCGAAAGAAGACAUGGGCCCCUCAGCAAGCUUUAUGCCCGGGCCCCACCCCCACCUCCAGCCCCUGCCAGCUCUCAGAAAUGCCAUGUAGUGAAUGGGCAGGGCCCAGCUUGUAGGGCCCAAGGUUCCACCAAAACCUCCUCCAGGGAGAAGGGCCAGGGGUCCCGGAACCGUGGCCACCAGCCUCCUGAGAAGACCCAGAAGGACAACCUCUGCCUUUUCGUGCCUGUGGUGAAUCUGGAGAAGAUGUCCAGUCUCCCGAAGCCUGAUGGACACGGAAUCAGGGUGGCCCCGCCCUCUGCUUUUCUCAGCCAGCCAGGCAGCCUCACCAAGGACUCCCUUGGAAAAACCCCCGUGGCUCCCCCUUCUAAAGAACCUCCUGGCAGAGAGAGCAUCAAGAUAAUCCCCAGUGAGGGGUCCAGUCACCGGACCGAAGGCAGCCCUCCUGAAAAGGAGCCUGGUGGGGCCAGGCUGCCCCCCAAAACCCACCGGAAGAUGGCUCGAAAGGAGUGCGACCUCAACAGGCAGUGUGGGGUAAUAAAUCCAGAGACCAAAAAGAUCUGUACCCGUCUGCUGACUUGCAAGAUCCACUCAGUACACCAGCGCCGGGAGGUCCAGGGCCGUGCCAAGGACUUUGACGUGCUAGUGGCAGAGCUGAAGGCCAACUCCCGCAAAGGGGAGUGUCCCAAGGACAAGAGCCCAGGGCGCAAGGAGCAAGCUCUCGAGCGCCCCUCCCAGGAGCUCCCGUCCUCAGUCCAGGUUGUGGCAGCGGUGGCUGCUCCCAGCAGCACCUUCUCUGCUCGUGUCAAGCAGACCUACCCAUACUGUGCACUGCCCAGGUCCCGGGCCUCCUCUGAGAGUGAGUUGGAUGAUGAAGGCCCCUGUGGUGGUGAUGGGGACCCAGGCCUGUUCCCUUUCCCCCUGCCCCGGGGUGGGGCCCAGGCCUCCAGUGAGGAGAGUGAGGAGGAGGGGACAUCUGACGACCUCCACCUCCCCCCUGACUGCCAUUAUGCAACCCGGCCCCCACGGCCACAGGCGUUCUGUACCUUUGGGAGCCGGCUGGUGAGCCCAGGAUGCUACGUGUUUAGCCGCCGGCUGGACCGGUUCUGUUCAGCACUGAGCUCCAUGCUGGAACGGCACCUCAGCUCACACAUGUGGAAGAAGAUCCCACCAGCCGCUGAACCUCCAUCCCAUCUUGUCAGUUCCCCCUUAUCUGCUCCCUUGAGCCCAUCCUCUAUGGGCAGCUGCCCCCGCCUUCCAGGCCCACCCCCAAGACUUGCCUGCCCAGCUUCCACACUCCCGACCAAGGACAGCCUUGUCCCCAGCUACCCUGCAGGCUCCCCCAGUGUGGCAGCCGCCUGCAGCCAGGCGGAGUGCAUGGGUGGGAGCCAGGCUAUCACCUCACCACUGCCUGCCAACACGCCAUCCCCGUCCUUCAGCAAGCUGCCGCCUUCCAAGGCCAGCAAGUCAUCCAAAGCCAAGGACGGGGCAGAGGUGGAAGCCCCUUCUCGAAAGCGGAAGUUAUCCCCUGGCCCCACCACUUUCAAACGGACCUGCAUCCUGGAGCCCACUGGAAAAGGCAAACCCUCUGGCUGCCGGGGUCUCUCGGCCAAGACUAAAACAGCCCUGAGCAUGGGGCUUAACGGGACAGUGGGGCCAAGGGUGAAGCGGGCAGGGCCCCUGGACUGUCGGGGUUCCCCUCAUCAGCCCCCCACACCGGUCAAGGCUUCUCAGCUGGAGAACCGGGCAGUGGCUGGACACCCAGCCAAGGCCCUGCCGACCAGCUGCCUCUCUGAGGAGGAGGUAGCCAAGAAGCGGAAAAACCUGGCCACUUACUGCCGGCCAGUGAAGGCCAAGCACUGUCAGGCCGGUGCCCCCGGCUGAUGUGGCCUGCUCUGUGCGCCGCAAGAAGCCGGGCCCAGCCCUGGCCUUUGAGGAGAAGUGCUCUACACUGAAG